AUGAUGGGCAACAAGUCUCAAGCGACCAUCACGGCAGCGGUCCAGUCGUUGGCGGUGGCCAUCUGCACGGCGGUUCUUUUGCUCUUCGUUGCUUUGACUCAUUCCCGCAUUACGCUGCCUGAAUACACCGCGAGCUACGCCCAGAAAGACAUCCAGCAGGUGCUCAAUUUGCUGGUGACCGUGGUCGCGACAGUGAUUGGAAUUCUUCUGAGCCAUUGUCGUCGCGCUACAAACGAAGCAGAGACUAGAAGUGAACUGCAGAACGAUGAGCUCACCAUACCGCGCCUCCAUGUGCAUGCCGCCGCCGCAGGAUCGCAGGUGAGAGGUCCUUUCCACAAGGCCGCGAGUACCUAG